UUGCUGAAUGUACAUCGCUGCAGUUUAUUUCCCCUUUCGAAACUGUGUUCAUCAAAGAAMUUAUCGCUUUUACGGUAAGAGUUACUAUAGUUGCCUAAAGUCACAAUACUUUUCACUUAAACUUCUGUGCAGUACUUUUAACAAGAGUCUUGCAAGAGUUAGUAAAGCUCAAUUUGAAGGCGCACAAAAGCUUACAAAUUUGAUAGCCAUUCGAUUCAAGAAGAAACUAAGUGGUUCAAAAUGGCGAAACUGGAUMUCAAAUUAGUGAUGGUAAUCCUUGCCUUGUUUCUUUUGGUGAUGCUACUUAAUGACGCCGACGCAGCUUAUAGCCGACGACGAAGCUACUCGACCCGGMGACGAUCGUACUCGACCCGGAGACGUUCGUACUCGACCCGGCGAAGAUCGUAUAGUAGCCGAAGGCGAACAUCAUACAAUUCGUCCAGAUCGACGACAUCGUCGGGUUCUUCUGGACUUGUGAUAGGACUUUCCAUAUUUGGCGCAAUAGUUGGUCUCGCUAUAAUCGGGUUUUUGAUUGGUUACUGCUGCUGUAGGAAUAGUCGAACUAACACAACCGGAAGUGUUAUCUCAACUCAGCCGGAAGUUCGAUUUCAGCCCGAGAACCAGRCCGGAAGAGGAGACAGUCUUCCACCGUACGCUGCGUUCUCCAACGAUACUGAUCCUUAUCCGACGAAAAAAGACAUGUAYCCACCCCCAGGGGAAACUGUUUCCCUGGCCUAUCCACCACCUGGUGGUCCCCCAGGGGAUGUAGCUUACCCACCAGCGUAUCCCAUUAGUGAUGGGGCGAUGGGAGGUCCACCCAUGUACACAGCCCCUGUGGAUAGUGCGGCAGCUUAUCCUCCACCACAGGUAACCCAACAAACACAAGAUCCAGCACCACCACAGGGACCCCAACCCACACAGGGCUGGCAACAGGUGACACCUUUGCCCGAGCAGGUGCCGUUAAGUGGGCAAGCAAGUACUCCAGACCUACCCCCACCGGCAUAUGUYGAUGCAUUAAAGGACAACCAAGGUGGUACACAGUGACACUAAACAGUAACCAUGGAAACAAUAUCAAAUUUUAACUUUUUUAGACUGUGUGAUGUCCACAAUUGGAAAGCGUGACACCCACACGUACGUCUUUCUGCAUUUCAGUUGUCAAAAARUAUAUGUGUGCAUCAAUCAAUAUUGCAACCCCCCCGGAUCGGGCCAAGAAAUUAAUACAUUACAGGCGGGGAUUUUACACUAUUUUAACAGCAGCAGUCAACGGGAAAGCUUGGGAUAAAUGAUUUGUUUAGUCGACUCUUUUCGGUCUCUAAGAGCUGAAAAAUGAGAAAUAUAUGUAAUCCAAGACCGAAAUGUAUUGUUGGUCGUUGUAUCGCCGUUGAAAAGGAGUUUUCGUGGUGUCAUAAUGACUAUACCAGCUAGCUCCGUUCACUCAAGAACUUAAAUUGCAAAGCAAAUUAAGUUUAGAUUUUUUUGAUUUUAUAACGCCUAACGUGGAGUUUAACAAAACAUGGUCCACCAGCAUUCAAUGCGGUCGUGUAUUAGAUUUUUCAUUUUAUAUUUGCAAAAUGAGGUGACUUCGAAUUCAAUAUCUAUUCGCAAACCGCUUCCAUCUGUCGGUUUAAAGAUCGAAGCUUACAACAUCUCCAUUCAUAUAGUAUAAAGGGAUAAUAUAGAGUAACUUUCUACUUAUAUUACGAUGUAUUUUUAUUUUCAAACACGAGCAAAAGCUCGAAAUGGAUGCUGGUAGACCAUGUUCCUUUAAUAGCAACAAUGCAUUGCGGCCUUGGAAUGCACUAUGAUUUUCUGUAAGUUUUCAUUACGUAAUAGAAGGCUUUUUUUWAUUGACGUGGUUUUAUAAAUCUCAUGCAAGAAUAAGCACUGACAUUUUGCAUAUAUCAGACUGUCACAUUGAAUGUGUAUUAGUAUUAAAAGAGGUUUAUUUUCCCUUUCGAAGCCUUAUUCAUCGAAGAAAAUCAUUAAUAAUUGCAGUAAUUUAGAGUGCAGAACUUUGAAAUCCCUUAAACCUUCCGAAUUAGCAGCAUUCUUCAACAAAAGGCCUUGUCGUCGAACAUUGAAUAGAGCUGUAGUCACUUGCGACAUCAGGGUAACAAAACAACGAUUCGAUUGCUUAUAAACAAUUCAAAAUGGCAAAACUGGAUYUGAAGCUCGUUAUGGUCAUUUUGGCCUUAUUUCUGCUGGUGAUGUUACUUGAUGAGAGUGAUGCUCAGGAUACGUCACGACGACGACGAGCCGAUUCUCGCCGACGAUCGAUUUCCMGCCGGCGAAGAUCGUCGUCAUCUCGUCGAAGAUCGUCAUCUCGCCGAAGAUCGUCAUCUCGUCGAAGAAGAUCGUCAUACAACUCGUCUAGGUCGACGUCGUCGUCAUCUUCUGGAAUGGUGAUAGGCCUUUCCAUAUUUGGUGCAAUAGUUGGUCUCGCUAUAAUCGGCUUUGUGAUUGGUUACUGCUUCUGUAGGAAAAAUCGACGCAACGCAACCGGAAGUGUUAUUKCAACCCAGYCGAAUGUUCGAUAUCAACCCGGUGACCAGACCGGAAGAGGAGACAGUCUUCCACCGUACACUGCGUUCUCUAACGAAGCUGAUCCUUAUCCGACGAAAAAAGACAUGUACCCACCCCCUGGGGAAGCUGUUUCCCCGGCCUAUCYACCACCUGGUGGUCCCCCAGGGGAUGCGGCUUACCCACCAGCGUAUCCCAUUAGUGAUGGGGCGAUGGGAGGUCCACCCAUGUACACAGCCCCUGUGGAUAGUGCGGCAGCUUAUCCUCCACCACAGGUAACCCAACAAACACAAGAGCCAGCACCACCACAGGGACCCCAACCCACACCGGGCUGGCAACAGGUGACACCUUUGCCUGAGCAGGCACCGUUAAGUGGGCAAGCAAGUACUCCAAACCAACCCCCUCCGGCAUAUGUCGAUGCAUUAAAGGACAACCAAGGUGGUACACAGUGACGCUAAACAGUAACCAUGGAAACAAUAUCAGUAUAUAAUUUUAAUUUAUAUUUUACACCAUUUAAUGCUUACUUGCAAAAUAGAUAUCGCACCAAUAUAUCUUUCUACAAUCAAAAUGGAUUAGACGCAUAAUUGGCRCAUUUUUAAAAAAAUCACCCGAAAAGAGGGAGAGCUAAACUGUGUGCUUCCAAAUAAGGUAAUAUAAGAAUGCCAAAUAUGGAAGGCAAAGUUUAGCACAAGAGUUAAGUUGUUUGAUAUACAUUUAGUAACGUGAAAAAUUGCUGUGUUUAGUUUAUACGCUAGCUCGUGGCAACACAGUCAGCAAACCUCCAAAUAAGGCAACAAUUCUAUGUAAUUAUACUUGAUACUUAGAGUUGUCAUAAAAUAUUGUGCAUCGGUAUAUCGAAUAUAGAACAAAUCGUAUUAAUACAUUUAAUUUGUACCAAAAAUAGGAUCAUGGCACCCAAAGCYAAGAAUACAUUGUAUGCUGUA